CAAACGAACAAAGUAUUUUUUCUGAUAAUCAUGGCUGGAGGAGGAAACACCGUCAAGGAGAUGACUAAAAGUUUCGGAAAAUUGGACAAGUUUCAAGGACAAGACUUCAGGCGUUGGCAGAAGAAGAUACAUUUCAUGUUGACAACGUUGAAGGUGGUGCAUGUCCUGUCUACACCGAUUCCAGAAAUUGGAGAGGAUGACACGGUUGAAAAUCUGAGACGCCGAUCAAAGUGGGAGAACGACGAUUACAUAUGCAGAGGGCACAUUCUUAACGGUAUGUCUGAUCCCUUAUUUGAUAUUUACCAAAAUGUGGAAUCUGCAAAGGAAUUGUGGGAUUGUCUCGAAGCCAAGUACAUGGCAGAGGACUCAUCCAGUAAAAAGUUCCUGAUGACCGAUUUCAACAAUUACAAAAUGGUUAUGUCGAGGUCUGUCAUGGAACAAUUCAAUGAACUCCUCUGA